UGUGAAUGAAUGAAUGAAUGAUAAGUGAGUGUGCAGUAAAUGCAACAUUAUCGAAAUAACAUUUUAAAAAUAAAAACAAAUAAAACUAUCCUCGCCUGAGCUCGCAGUCGUCGUUCUCGAGUGACAGGAGAAGAGGACAGGUCAGCCGACUCCCGAGACUCGACCUCAAAUGCCACAGUUUAGCCUGUGAUAUUUUCUGGACUGCCACAAGAUGUCAUUACACACUGUGGUAAUUACUGCAGUCAUUGCUGCUAUUGCUAGUUGCUCAUCCAGUGCACAGAUCUGUGAUGGCUUAGGAGAAGUAAUACCUGUUCAACGCUUGUCGACUAAAACAGGCUAUUUUUCUGCAGUGAAAGAUGAAAGUUAUUGGCCACAAUUCAAACAGGAAG